AUGGCCCUAAUCACCUUAAACCGAAUCUAUAUUGUGUUCAGAAAACUCAUUAGCAUCCAACCUCCUCAAUUAGGCAGAGUAAACAUGCAUUACUCCGAAUUAGCCCCCUACUGCAUAGAGAGAGAAUUCAAGCAAAAUGAUGGCCUAGUACCCAAGGAUUUGAACGAUGUUUACUUCUCUUCCGUGAAAUUCAGGUCACAUCGUCCUAAUCAGUAUUUUGGGCACUCAAAAUGGGUAGGAGAACAUGGAUCCAAGAAAAGACCAGGGAAGCACAAAGGAAUGGACAAUUUUAUCUACGACAUGAUGCUUUCAGUGUUAGCUGAGUGCUCUCGAAAAUCUUUCAAAAUUCCCACUUUGGGAAUUGCUGGGUUGUGGGACUCGGUGGCAGGUGCUUCCUUGACUCACACAGAAAGCAAGCCGUGGACCCCUGGUGCCACUGAGCCUGCUAGUGCACAGAGCAGAGAAGGCAGGAAGUGGGUCUGCCGAUGGGGAGUGUGCAGCAACCACAGGGAGCAGAACCCCCGGGGUCAGUCCCCUGGAGAAGAGGCAUGUCUCCUCAUCAGGAAACUGAAACCGAAAGGAAGAGCCUGUUGGGGCAAUAGGAGGCACUUAGGAGGGCUACAGGUCACCACAGAUGCGAAAAUUCACAUGGUGUAUUUAUGGCAAAGAGAAAUCCCAGGAAUCCGAGCGCGACUGGAAUCUGCCCAUGGAAACUGCAGAGGAAAGAAUUGGUUCCGGAGACAAUGUACGUUAGUAACAGCAAAAGAGGCAAGGAGGCUGAAGAGUGGGGGAAGCCCCAACAACCUGACAUAGCAACUCCAAACACACAUG